AUGAUGGCGGCGUCUUCGAAGAUGGUGGUGGUUUCAACCACGAAUUCGGAUCUGCCGCGGAGAGAGUCUAUAUGUUCCCUCUCCACUCUCAUGGCUGACAACGACGACGACCAUCACAAGCAUCCGUCCGUCACCAUGGACGACAUCCUGAAGAACAUCUACAGCUCCACUGCCACCACACACGACGUGGACGACAACGAUCAUCAUCAGCAACAUCAGCAUCACGCCGAGGCGAGGUCCGUCGACGACGUCUGGAAGGAUAUCGUCGCCGGAGGAGUGGGAGUGGGAAUGGGAGAGGAGGAGGAGGGAGCGGCCGAGGGAGACGGCGGGGAUCAGGUGCGGGCAGGAGAAGGAGGCGGUGGUGCUGGGAUGGAGGAGAUGACCUUGGAGGACUUUCUCACCAGGGCUCGGGCCGUGAGGGAAGAGGACGUUAACGUGACUGCCAGCGGAGUUCCGAUUGGGUACGGGCAGUUCCAGGUGCAGCCUCCUCCUCCUCCUCCCCCGCCUCCAGCUGCUCAGGGUCAGUUGGUGUACGCGAACGGGACGACGAGUGGAGGCGGAGGCGGAGGAGGGAGAGCUGGAAAGAGGAGAGUGGUGCAGGAGGCUCCGCUGGAUAAGGCGACGCAGCAGAAGCAGAGGAGGAUGAUCAAGAACAGAGAGUCCGCUGCCCGGUCCAGGGAACGGAAGCAGGCUUACACCGUAGAGCUCGAAUCUCUGGUAACGCAGCUGGAGGAGGAAAAUGCGCGGCUCCUCAGACAACAGGCCGAGCAGAAGAAGGAGAGGUUUAAGCGGCUCAUGGAGAACCUCAUUCCGAUCGUAGAGAAGCGGAGACCACCACGUGUUCUUCGCAGAGUACAUUCGAUGAACUGGUAGAUGCGGUACCACCCAUGUUGUCUGCAGUUAUACAUACAAGAAAUUUGGUAUAUAAAUACGUAAAAGAGAAAAACGGUCUAAGGGUUGAUAAGCUGUUGGUUAAAUCUUUUGGUAGUCGAAGCGGAUUUUGUAAAGAGAAGCAGUUACAGCUGAAGCUUUGAAUUAAUUUCGAUACAAGUAAUGGUGGAUGCUCUCAAUCGACGGCUUGUGGGAGAUCCCUUACAAACAUCUGCCAGGUCCAUUGUAAUUAUCAUUUGUAGAAAUAACCUUCUCAUUUACAGCAACAUCGGUUGCCCUUCAUCCCGAUUGAAGGGCAAACCGAUGGAGCUAGACGAUGGACUAAUUCAUACUAAUGUUACUUGUUUACUCGUGGGAGAUUUUCGAA